CUGAUGCUUUCUGACAGCACUGACAGAAAGGAAGGGAUUUCUGUUGGUCAGUGGUCAGUGUCUAUAUGCAUUCCCCCUGACUUUCCAACCCAGAUGAGAAGAAAGAUCUCCUUAUUUCUUAUUCCAUAACAGUGGCAGUUGCCCACAACUACGUGCAGUCCUGUUUUCUGCACCUUCCCCUUUUUCCUCAGCGGCCAUGUGAGAGGAUAGCAGGAGGGAACCUCACUUUGCUGCCACAUCCUUUGAAAAGUAUGUUUGCUGUGGUUCUAGCAAAAUAAUGAGGAAGCUGGAAUGGGGUGCGUGAUUCCCCUGUGAGUAUUAACUGUAUACGGGAGCCUCUGUACCGUAAUGUUUCUCUUUUAAGAUGAUUUGGUUGUCACAAGCCGACUUGUGUGUAAGUGGCUGUGGGGGCUCAGGACUGCGGCUGAACCGAUGUAGGUGGGUGACUUCAGGGGUGGCUUCCAGAGGUCGAUUACUGUUGAUAGAGCAUUGCUCUAGAGCGCCCUGGCCACGGGUACUUUAGUGUUGCUCCUGCUGAGACCUCUCCCAACAGCGGCUCUCAAAGUUCUGAUUGCUUAUGGUGAAGAGCAGGCUGAGCUUGGGUUCUUUGGCCUUCAGAGGUACUGUCUUCCCAAGUCUGUGUCUUUUCUGACAUCUUUCCAUCUUGACUGAUUUUCUUCCUCUGCCUUCAAAUAAUCGACAUCAUCACCAAUGAAUGCUGAAUACAGAUACCUUUCAACAACCGUUGACUGACUGUUGGCUGCUUUUUUUUUUUUUUAAGCUUUUGUUUAUUUUCACCUUUUAGCCCAACUUCUCAAAUAGUUGAUCUGCAGCUGCUGCUUUUCCUUGCUUAUUACUUAUUCUUUCCCAAUUUGAAAUAUCUUGUCUGCUUCUACCAGUCUUCUCUAGCAGCUUUCUUCUGGAGUCAACCGUGGCUUCCACGUAAAUAUACUCAGAUCUGUUUUUAAUGCUGCUUUUCUCUGGAGGCAUUUGAAGCAGAACACUUUUUGGGGGAUGGGAUGGGAGAACAUUAACUUUUCCAUAUUAUCCUCAUUUCUCAAAGCUACCUAAUAAUUGGGAGUUUUCUGCAUAUGUGUUUGUAGAUAGUACUUUUGUUAAAAUUGAAUUUUGUUGUCUUUAAUAGAUAAUUUACAUUUGUUUUGCCCUACAAUAGCUGGGGUGAAGGCUGAGCUCCUGUAGCAAAGAGAUGUUCAUAUGCAGUGGCCUAGAUAAGCUGGACAAUUAUUCAUCUCCCAGUCAACAGGCUGACCAGUCUGAGCCGGUUGGGCAGCUGUCCACCAUGAGGUCAUUCAGGGUUCCAGGAUCAGCCAUCCCCUAGGCUGCUGUCUAACGUGAAGGUCUAGGUCCCUGCUACAUCUGCUUCUAGCCACUCUUUAGUUGGGAAGUUAGCCUCUUGCCCUAAACAUCUUAUUGAGCAAAGGCCUUGAGUGGAGAGUCAGUGCUGAGUGUGGGGUUUAUUUCUCUGUGCUUUCUGGGAUCUUGGGCUCCCAAUUCCUGGCCACCUUGCCGGCCCCAAACACUGUACUUUGUCUCCUGGGUUCUGUGAGAUCUCCUGAAAUUCCACUGGCAUCCCUCCCUGUUGUCUUCCCUUUGCCCUCUCGGCCUCUUUACCCCAAUAGUCAGCAAAAGCCUGGAAUUCUUGGUUGCCUUGACAACUCUCUGAUGACCUCUCGUGUGUGUGUGUGUGUGUGUGUGUGUGUGUGUGUGUGUGUGUGUGUGUGUAAUUUGCUUUUCUAGUUCUCAGAAGCAGAGGUAGGCUAUAAGCUACUUACAGUUGGAGGCAGAAGUAUCCAUGUACUUUUCAGACAGUUCAGUGUAACUGAAGUGAUCAUUGUUAUCAUGUCACUUUAAAUGAUCGAUUUAGGGAUUCUGCCUCUUAAGAAAUCCCCCACUGAGGUCUCGCGAUCUUUUAAACAACCCCUUGAAAGAGGUAGGUUCUGUUUAAAAAAAAAUUUUUUUUUUAAUGUUUCUUUAUUUUUGAGAGACAGAGACCGAACGUGAGUGGGGGAGGAGCAGAGAGAGAGGGAGACACAGAAUCCGAAGCAGGCUCCAGGCUGUGAGUUGUCAGCACAGAGCCGGACGCGGGGCUUGAGCUCAUGUACGACAAGAUCAUGACUUGAGCCGGAGCUGAAGUCUAACGCUUAACUGAGUCACCCAGUCACCCCUAGACAGGUGAUUUUUAUUCACCAAAUGAUUCUUUAUUCUUGUUUUAAAGAAAGCCAAAGAGAGAAUGCCCUCUGCCUAGAAUUAACCACCUAUGAAUAAUAGUUUUCAUUGUUUAGGAUUUUGCAGUUUGCGGAAUAUUUUUUUUUACCUGCCAUUUUUUCAUCCCACAAAUACUGCGUACCUUUUACAUCCCUGUUUUAUAGAUGAGAGAACCAAGGAACACAUUAACUAAAUGCUUAAAAUCACAAGCAGAUUAUUGACAGGACUAAUUAAAAUUAGGUUCCCAGACUGCUAGUCCUGUCCAAUAUAUUAACAUGACCCCAAGUCAACUUUGUAUAUACAUCAUGGUAUAUAAUGUAUUUCUUAGAAGAUCUACCCACAGUCCACUAGUUUUAUUUACCUUAAUAAUAUUGCUCUAUUUUGUUACCUAUCAUAACUUCUUUUUAAGGGCAUUUUCAGUGCCUGGGGAAAUGUAUACAUGCUCCGAAGUGCAGCCAGGCGUAUACAUGUGCAGGUGCACAGGGAACAUGCACCCUCGGCCUUCCUAUUUAGUCUGAGCAGGAAGGAAUUGAAACUUGAUGCCUGUGCCCAGAGCACAUUCUCUAACAUUCUGGCGUGGUUGUGUGAUUCUAAAAAUGAUGUUCACACCCGGGCAGGUGACCUAAACAGUCUGCGGCCUCUGCGUCACAGGACAUUACAGCUGUGAAGUCUUACAUAACUCUUGGCAUGGAGGUUCAAAAAUGGAUCACUUUGCUCACAUAGUCUUCACGGACCUGUCCGAGUGGUUUAUAUUCGCCUACUGGCUCUAGCUCUAUUCAUGAGACACGCACAUGGAAUGUUCCUGCUGUUCUUCAGUCCCCUUGUUUACAGGCAUUCCAGCCUCCUUGCUGUAUACCCAGAGGCUCCCAAAGCCGCAGCUGUCAGGAUUCUAAUCCCUUCCACAAGGACUCGCUGCCAGUGUAUACAGUAGCAAACUGCGUGCUUCUGGGCUUGCCUUUCAUGCACCCUCAGUGGUCUCUCCAGCAAAACAAAAGUUGUGGAUGAUACUUUUUAAACUUCUAGAAACUCAGCCCACCUGUUUAGUUUUCAAGAAAUGAUCAAGAAAACGUCAAUAUAUAGCCAUCCAUUAGUUCAUCACUUAAUGGAUUCAGGAACUCAAAAAGAGAAGAGAGAUGAUGACAGCAAGAAAGUGGUUGCAGAGAUCAUGGCAAGAUGUUUUGUUCCAAGUUUAAUAACAACCACCUCCUGGGAGGGAUUUCAUUUUGUUGGUCAUGAGAUUCGAAUUACUGAAGCCAUGGAUUCUUACGGUGCUGUCGUUUGGCCAUCGGCCCUUGUUCUAUGCUAUUUUCUGGAAACAAAUGUAAAGCACUAUAAUAUGGUUGACAAAAAUGUGAUUGAAAUUGGAGCUGGAACAGGGCUGGUCUCCAUCGUAGCAAGUUUACUUGGUGCACAUGUGACUGCCACAGAUUUACCUGAAUUACUUGGAAACCUGCAAUAUAAUAUUUCCCGAAACACCAAAAUGAAAUGUAAGCAUUUGCCUCAGGUUAAAGAACUCUCCUGGGGUGUAGCUUUAGAUGAGAACUUCCCCAGAUCUUCCAACAAUUUUGACUACAUCCUGGCAGCUGAUGUUGUCUACGCUCAUCCUUUCCUGGAAGAACUCCUCAUUACCUUUGACCAUCUGUGCAAAGAAACUACCGUCAUCCUCUGGGUCAUGAAAUUCAGGUUGGAGAAAGAAAAUAAAUUUGUAGAUAGAUUUAAGGAGUUAUUUGACCUGGAGGAGAUUUCCAGUUUCCCCAGCCUGAAUAUUAAGUUGUACAAAGCUGUGAAGAAAAGCCGGAGGAGUGCAAGGAAAGGAAAGGUGGUUUCCAGAAGAGUGUUCCUUUAAAGAAGACUCUGGAUGAUCUGAUGUAGCGGUGACUUUCCCAAGUCACUUGCCUCAUACACUUGCCUCACCCCAGACAGGAAUUUUCCCACAUAUAGCACCUGAGUCUAGAAGAUGGCUAAGCCGUACCGUGUGGUCAUUGGUUAGGACACAGUCGACUUUUCUUAUCCCUCAAUAGCACCAUUUAUUAUUAUUAUCAUUUUAUUAAAUGGUACUAUUGUUUUUAAUGUGUAAUUGUAGGAUAAUUUUUAAUAUCUCUAAAAUGAACAUUGCUAUUGCUUUAGA